CGUGACUUUUGAAGAUUUACAUUUACAAAACGCGGUGUUUACAGAAAUAAGCGAAAUUGGCGAUAACUUUUUGGCUUUUUACGCCUUGUUGUUGGCCGAAACGCGCUUAAACUGAGUUCACCAGUCAUCAUGGAUGAGAUGUUUGGUGUUCAACCAGUAUCCUGCCCAAAUUAUGAUCAGGUCAUGAAAAGUCCAAUUGGUAAUCCACCUCCUUUGUUGGAAUCCGUUGAAAGGUCUGGAGUUCCUGCCAUCUCGUUUAAUGAUAAAAAUCUUGUUCAUCAUGAGAAUUUUGGAAAGAUGCAGUGUGAUUCGAUGAUACCGUCCACUUCAUUUGUCAACCAUGAGCAAAACAUGGAGAUUAUGUAUCCUGUUAUGACAUCAGUGGAUAAACAUGGAUAUAGCAAUGAAACUACUUGUGAGCAUUGUGGGACAAUCAUUUCUAAUAACCAUGAUGCCAUAGUUUCCCAUCUGCAACAAUGUACCAUUGAUGUAAAACCUAUACAGACAAUGAUUGAAAAGCCAUUCUUAGGUAAAAAUAUGACAAAAUCAGUGAGAGAUGACAUUCACCAUAUUGAUCCUCAGCUUUACCAAAUGCAAUGGGAAAGAUACUUGAGAAAACUUCACAACAAGAUGGCUGCGGAUUAUAAUUUUUCUAAUAAAAGUUUUACAUUUGACGUACCCGGCCUUGACAUUGGUAUGAAAUUAGAAGCCUUGGACAGGAAUAAUCCACAGUCAUUCUGUGUUGCUACAGUUGUUGAAAUCUUGGGUCAUCGUGUUAGAAUACGUUACGAUGGUUACGGUCAGGAUGACUCCAACGACUUUUGGUGUAACUUUCAAGCAGACGAACUCUACCCCAUUGGAUGGUGUGCACAGAACGCGUACCCAUUGCAACCGCCUACUGGAAUUCAAUGUACAUUGGAGGAUUGGCGGAGAUUCCUGACGAAAACUUUGACGGGUGCCCUCGCCGCUCCCAAACAUCUUUUUCCCCUGGACCAUACACCGCCAAAAGUUCAUUCAUUUGAAAUUGGCAUGAAACUAGAGGUUAUCCACCCUACAAAACCUUAUAUUAUUUGUCCGGCGACUGUUGUGAAGAGCCUGGGACCGUACUACUUUCUCGUCGCGACCGAGCUCUGCGAAAACAUACCUGACGUCACAAUGUGUUGCCAUAGCGACUCGAGUAAUAUCUUUCCCGCUGGUUGGAGUUAUCGUAAUGGUAUAGAUUUGACGGUGCCUUUAGGUUAUACAAAGAGUUCCUUUACUUGGGACAAAUAUCUUACGGCAUGUCGAGCGAUUUGUGCUCCACAAAAUCUUUUCAGGAAAGUAAAGGCUCACAAGUUUCGCACGGGACAAAAACUUGAGGCUGUAGAUCUUGAACAUCCACGGGUUAUUCGCGUUGCAACAAUCACGAACGUCAUGGGUCGAGUUUUACAGCUCUUCUUUGACGGCCAAACUAGAUUUCAGUUCAUCGAAUGUGAUAGCCCGGAUAUUCAUGGCUUCGGAUGGUGUAAACGGACAGGUCAUCCCCUGAUUACUCCAUAUGGACAAAUGCCAUUCAAAACAAGUUUUAAGUACGAAGGCUUGGAGUCUGGCUCUAAACCUCUGAAAUUAAUAUCAUUUGAUGAAGUCGUCGGAAGAAAGACACUGAGGAAAAAUGAUUCAAAGUCAGAUCACGUGGCUCACAUAUCUAGAACCCAGACCUCUGCAUCUACUUCUGCACAACAGUAUAGACCCACCCCCAGUCUACCACAACCCUCUAUCCAUCGUUACACGAGUAACACACAGUUCGUCGCCCAAUCUACUCCACCACUACCCGAAUCAUCCACAAAAUACCCCCAUAAUCACCCUACAUCAUACAGCCCCCCACCAUAUACUCCUAAGCAAGACGAUAAUCAGCAGAUGUUCAACACUUCAAUAACAUAUUCUCCACAACAGAACCCGGAAUCAGGUUCCAACUCUCCGACCUAUAGCCCACCGCGGUCUUUCUCUCAGCCACUGCCUCCCACCGUUCCCAGCAUGUUGGCUACAAGUGGAUCCGAUGAAACUUUAUUUGAAGCUGGUGUGACUGAGGUGGAAAAAUCUGAAACGAUAAGUCAUACUGUACCAGACAGCGAAGGGAUUGGUGAGGAUAAGGAGAAAUGUCCCACUCUAUCCCCAUCAGAUGAUGACGAAGAUUUGAGUGAUGAAGAUGUUAGUGGAACAGGCUCAGAGCGUUUUUACCACAACAAAAAUCAGAUAUACUUCAACAAGUACUGUUGCUGCGGUCCUCUGUUGAACCCGGAUGAAGUUAAGCUUCUUCCCCAGGCCACCGAACCAGGAAAGGUAAGCGCAGUAAUAAGAAUUGCUCUUGGAAUGGUCGCUAAAUGCGCAAAAGAUCCCGAAAAAGUCAUGGAGAUGAUGCAAGAAGGAACCGGCGUUCGAUUAUCUAUUGAACACAAUGGGAAAACAUAUAAAAAGGCCAUAUCAAGAGUGGAUUCUCGUCCGAAACUUGAACGUUAUUUAAAACGGUUUUGCCGACGUUUGGUGUGCUGUGAAUACUUCCUCAGUCUGACGCCUCCUACAUAUCCUUGUCCUGAUGACUGCAAGACCGAUCAAUUUGGAAAUCUUCAAGGACCAAAAGGGAUGAAGGCCAAGCGAGCACGCGAGUAUUUCGAAGCGAAACGUUCUGGUCAUGAAAAGAAGAAACGCGGGCGCAAGCCAAAAAUCCCAAAUCCUAAUGAUGCUACUACACAGAGAGCUGCUGCUGCUGGUAUCGUGACGUCAGUAUUUCCUAAGGGUAACCAAAUUCCUACGCCUAACCUCAAUGUACCUGUACCGGCAGCCUUUACUGAUCACGUGAGGAACACGACAACUAAGGUUCUUCAUCAAAUACAAGCAAGUCAGGCAAUGCUCCAAGAUCACCCAAGCUCAUCUAUGACAGUAACACAGGCUCAAACUACGGUCAAUUCAAACGUAUCUCAACUGGGAACCACUUCUCAAACAUUCGCUCAUUCCGUUCAACCGGAAGUAUGCCCAACAAAAACGCACUCACCACACUGCACAACGUCACCACCUACGUCAUUACCGACGUCAUUACCCACAACUAUUCCUACUUACGGUAAACCUCGUAUACUGCCAUCACCCUAUGGUCCGCCACCCGUAUCUGUUACUUUGGAACCAUUAACAGUCAAAGAAAAACCAUCAAGAGCAGGGCGCCCUCCCAACCUUCCACCGAAGAAGAUUAUACGACCAAUAAUGCCUGCAGUUGAAAUGCCGUACAUCGAAAUUCAUAUUCCCAAGCAAAACAAGCUUAUCUUACCAUCACGUUCAAAAGGCAAUCCAGUCACUACUGUUGGUGCAGCAACAGAAAACACGACUACCAUGUCUGGUAAACCCGUCUUUCAACUUGCGCCAGCAAAACUAAAGUCAUUCUCAAAAUCGACCAGCGGUUAUUCUGGUCGUCUUGUUGCCGUACCUUGUACCUUCGCUACGGGUGUGGAUUCCGCAACGUCAUUGGUUACUUCUAAUAAGCGCCCUAUACCCGCAUCCAGCCUACACAAUCAACCACCUCCUUUAAUUCCAGCCCGCGAUAAGUUAGGCAAUGCGGGCAAUAAAACUGUUCAAGUUCUGAGACCAAGCUACAUUGAAGGCAAGCUGGUUGCCGCUUCCCCGAAUGUUUGCGUAACAGAACGAGGCACGUUUGUUGCUACGCAACUGAACAAAAGCUCUGUAUCGUCUUCCGGUGCAUCUGUUGUUAACCACGUGGUUGGUCAAAGUGCCGAUGCAAAUGUCAUGAUGAAUCGAAUGUUUAGCGUUGUAAAGACUAAUGAAGAAAAUAAUGGAACUCCCACUCGUUCCCAUGCUCCGCCGCAAAUCGCACACGUUCAACCCUCAGUUAGAAACUCGAAUGUACAGAUAAAUGAUUCAAACAAUCUUCGACAGCAGGCGGGUGGUUGUGAUGGCAACGCAAAUAACUACCUUCGUCACACGGGAACGAUUCAAUGCGAUAAAGCAAAAAAAUCGGUAUCGAACACUCAUUCGUCAGUUGAGAACGCAAACACUGCCAAGGGCAACGCGAAUCUUGAAGCUGGCAGCACGGUCGAGGCCACCGGAAGUCGUUUGAAGAAGUUUAGUUUUCAUGUCGGCAGUGGAAUGGGUGCAGUUACUUCCGUUGUACGAUCGGGAAAGCUUAUGACACCUACGAGUGGUACUGUUCGUACUGACGAUAACUUAGGAGAAAAUUGUAACCCAUCAACACUGGCAAACGUAUCCGACAGGAUGACGAAUCGUGUCGUUAUAAAUCCGAAGAUUUCCGAGCACAUUACGAACCUUGCCGUUAGUGAAAUGGCUAAUACGGCUGUUUCCGAACGUACUUUGGCUAUUUCAGAUACAUCAUAUUCCGAGAACGAUCCGUUGAAGGAUCGCAGAGACAAUGCUUUGAGUGGCCAUCAAACUUCAAAAACGCAUUUGUACCAAAAGAGUCCAAAGAAAGUUCGCUUUGUAGGGGCACAGAAGGAUAGCGAGGGAUUGCAGCGUGUAGCAGGAGAGGGUAAAGAACAUAGGGAGACACUGAAGCGUGGAUAUGAAGAAGUUGGAAAAGACGGACAUGUUGCUUAUUUACAUCCGUCAAACAACGAUGUUGUCAAUUCUAAAAAGGCAAAGCGAUCAUCCGAGUUGCCGCUCUCGAAUGGGAAGUCUGGCACUAGUGACGUAACAAAUUCAUCCCAAGGGACAUGUCCCAAAGCUGACAUAAUGAAAGGUGUCCACCACGCUGUACAAAGUAGUCAACAUCCUUCCGUUAAAUUACGACCGCCUGGAGCCGUAAAACAGCACAGCACGCACAGCGGUUUUCCCAAUCAAGCCAAGCGUCAGAGAAUUCAUUAUAUGGACCGUAAGAAAGUUCGCUCGAGCUUUGGAAUCAAGUCAUCCCAUUCAAGAACAUUUUCGUCGCAUAAAAAACCCGUGUAUGUUAACGCCAGCACGAAUACGUCAUUUCCUGGUUGCUCUGGUAACAGUUGUCCGUAUCAUUCUGAAAAUCCCAGGCUUUGGACGAUCGAGGAUGUUGGAGAGUAUAUACGCUCAACUGACUGCAAGAACUAUGCUUCAUAUUUCAUGGAUCAGGAAAUCGACGGAGAGUCCUUACUCAUGUUAACACGAAGUACACUGAUGCAAUUUACCAAUAUGAAACUGGGCCCGACAAUGAAACUGAGCAAUUACAUUGCGCAACUCCGAGCUCGUGUUGGCAUGUCAAAAAUGACGUAAUUUUGUCGUAGAGAGUUUGUUUUUUUGUUUUGAAGAAGCGUUUAAAACGUAUUCACUCCUUUUUGCGAUUUCUUUCCCGUUUUCAGCUACGAGAUGCUUCUUUCUUUUUAAAGUUUCGAUAAAUGUUUUUUAAUUUUUCCUACAAUCGUUGAAGAACUUUGUAAACAAUGCA